GGUUCCUGUGUGUGUGCAGCUGAGUGGCUGCAUAUGUCACAUGGCAGAGUGUCAGUGUGCAUGUGGGGCUGUGGUCAGCUGGGGUCUGUCCCGGGUGGGGCUGGGGUCUGUCCUGGGUGGGACUGGGGGUCUGUCCUGGGUGGGGCUGGGGUCUGUCCUGGGUGGGGCUGGGGUCUGUCCCGGGUGGGGCUGGGGUCUGUCCUGGGUGGGGCUGGGGCGUGGUCCCAUGCACACUGUGCGUCUGUGGUCAUGGAGCCCAGGAGUGACCGUGUGAUCACCCGUGUCCGGCCCACAGGGAUCCCUCCGGCCAGCGGCACCGGGACCCUCCAGAUCUACCUCAUCGACAUCAACGACAACGCCCCCGAGCUGCUGCCCAGGGAGGCGCAGAUCUGCGAGAAGCCCAGCCUGAACGCCAUCAACAUCACAGCGGCUGACGCGGACGUCGACCCCAACAUCGGCCCCUACGUCUUCGAGCUGCCCUUCGUUCCAGCGAGCGUGCGGAAGAACUGGACCAUCACCCGCCUCAAUGGUGACUACGCCCAGCUCAGCCUGCGCAUCCUGUACCUGGAGGCCGGAGUGUACGACGUCCCCAUCGUCGUCACGGACUCGGGGAACCCGCCCCUGUCCAAUACGUCCAUCAUCAAAGUCAAGGUGUGCCCGUGCGACGAGAAUGGCGACUGCACCACCAUGGGCGCGGUGGCGGCAGCCGGGCUGGGCACGGGCGCCAUCGUGGCCAUCCUCAUCUGCAUCAUCGUCCUGCUCACCAUGGUCCUGCUGUUCGUCGUGUGGAUGAGGCGGCGGGAGAAGGAGCGGCACACGAAGCAGCUGCUCAUCGACCCUGAGGACGACGUGCGCGACAACAUCCUCAAGUACGACGAGGAAGGGGGCGGCGAGGAGGACCAGGUGAGGCCCGUGGCCGGGACAGCGGGGACGUGUGGGGACACCCUCCCAGCCCUGGCGGAGCGCACACGCUGGGGUCCCCGCGUGACCUCCGGCCCUCAGCCCUGCACCCCUCAUCUGCACCUUCCGCAGCCACUGAGCCCCGCCCAGUGCCGCCUGCACCCCGCGCCCAGGGAGGGUGGGCCUGGGGCGCUGCCCAGUUGGUCACUGGGGACUCAGGGCGAGCCUUAGCCCAUAAAAGCUUAGUGACCACCCCCCGUGAAGUGGGCGUUCCCAGGGACACAUGAGGAAUGCGGUGGCAGCUGAGCAGAUGGGGAAGGGGUUGACCCCAGGGGGAAGGCAGCAGGGGGCACAGACCCCACAUGUGCCUUGAGGACGGGCAGGAUUCGGAUGAACAGAGGUGGGGUGAGCAUUUCAGGAAGGACAGACCAGGUGAGGGCCAGGACGGAGGGGCGCCCCGGGGGCCUGGAAUAGGUCAAUAGAUAUGCUCAGAGCCCAGUCACAGAACACGAUGAGGACGCGCCCCACGACUUCUCUGGUGCCUCUGCCUGGUACCCCCCCCCACCCGGACUACCUUUCCUGACUCCCCUGCCCGCCCCCCAGGACUACGACCUCAGCCAGCUGCAGCAGCCGGAGGCCAUGGAGCAUGUGCUGAGCAAGGCCCCCGGGGUGCGGCGGGUGGACGAGCGGCCGGUGGGCGCCGAGCCCCAGUACCCGGCCCGGCCGGUGGUGCCCCACCCAGGAGACAUCGGGGACUUCAUCAGCGAGGUGGGUAGCCCAGCCGUGUCGGGGGCGCAGACCUGCUAACACAGACAGGAAGCAGCCCGCUUCUCUGGGGCCCGGUGCUGGGCUCAGCGGGCAGCUCCAGACCUGGGUUCACGCCGGCCCUGCUGCUGCCGGCGGGGAGCCCUGGGCCGAGCGCCUCGGUUUAGUAUCCCUGCUGCAGAAGGACUAACCUGCCCCCGCCCCCGGUGGGGACAA